AUGCGCACCUCUCCAAAUGUGAUCAUCACCGGCACCCCCGGCGUGGGGAAGACCGUCCACUGCGAACAACUCGCGCAAGAGAUCGGCUUGAAGCACCUAUCCAUUAACCAGGUCGCAAAGGACCGUGGAUGCUUCGAUGAAUACGACGAGGAAUUGAAGACCUGGGUUGUCGACGAGGAUAAGCUCCUCGAUGCCCUUGAAGAUGAAAUUCCUAAUGGCGGCUACUUGAUCGACUGGCAUGCCUGUGACCUCUUCCCUAAGUCCUGGAUCGAUCUCGUCGUUGUCCUCCGCUGCCCCACUACAGAUGUUCUUUACGACCGACUUUCCUCCCGGGGCUACCAUGAGAAAAAGCUAGAAGAGAACGUCGACGCGGAAAUCUUCGGCGUCCUAUCAGACGAAGCGCGGGAGGCAUUCGACGAAGAGAUCGUGGUCGAGUUGAACAGCGAGCAGGAUGCAGAUGUAGACUCGAACUGCCAGCGGAUCGCGCAAUGGGUAGAUUCGUGGAAGCAGUCGCAUGCGCAGAAUGCGGAUUGA